AUGAAGUUGGUUUCCUCUUUCCCACCGUCACCACAUACAUUCGGCGGCGUUCUUUUUAACGUCGGGUUCCUUCUUUUUCUUCUCUCUUUCUCUUCUUUACGGUCUUCUUUUGCGACGCAAAUCCAAUUCGUGAAUUACGCCUCGGACACGAAUUUAGAAAAGAGUUUAGAAAAGAACGUGCGCGAGUUGUGCCAUUUCAUCGGCGCGGAAUCGGUCUCGGCGUUUUCGACGAGCGAUGGGAGAACAGGCGUCGAAGAGGCGAGGAGAAUUGUGGAGGAAAAACUGAAAGAGUUAAAGUUUGAUUCGAUUAAAACGUUCGAUUUAUCAAAGUUUCAUCCGAAAGCGCAUUCGGUGAUGGUUGGAGAAAAAGUGAUUAAUAAACCGUCGAUGUUAAACGUGGAUUUCGUCGACGAGACGUUAAUUCCGACCGUAUUAUUUUACAAUCAUUACGACACGCAACCCGCGGAUGGUUUGUGGACGGAAUCUGAAGCGUUUCCGAAAAGUUUCGAGGAGUGUGCGAGCGUCGACUCGGAUACCGGGAACGUUACGAAAGUGAAAGGGAGAGGCGCGAGCGAUAACAAAGGCAAUUUGUGGGCGGUGUUAUCCGCGAUAGAGGCGUACAUGGCGAAGAAAGGGAAUAAACCCGUGCGAGUUGUUGUUUUGAUGGAAGGACAGGAAGAAAUCGGGUCGCCCGGGUUGGACGUGUGGAUGAAAAAAUACGCGAAACAGUACCUCGGGAACGUGGACGCCGCGUUUUCCGCGGACGGAUCCACGGGAGACUGGAAUAAAAACGGCGUUUUGACGUUAGGUUUGCGAGGUGGAGUGGAUUUAGAAAUUACCGUACAAAAUGGCGCCGAGGUGGAUUUACACUCGGGAUCGUUUGGCGGCGCGAUUUUGAACCCAAUUCACGCCUUGAGCGCGUUGAUGGCUUCCUUUCACGAUCCGAAAACGGGAAAGAUUUUAGUCGAGGGAUAUUACGAAGACAUUUACGAUUUCUCCAAGGAAGAAAUCGAUCGGAUGAAAAGAGAUUUCCCAUCGAAUAAAGAGUUUCGAAAGACUGCCUCGGGAGGCGCGUUGUUCGGCGAGACGAACGUAUCCGUCGCGGAACAGGUCGGGGUGAGACCGACGAUCGAGUUCGUCGGCGUCUACGGCGGCUACGUCGGCGACGGGAUUAAAACGGUGUUACCAAACUACGCGUCCGCGAAAAUCGUCAGUCGUUUAGCACCUGGCCAAAACCCGCAAAAAAGUUUACGGCUGUUGAAGAAACACGUGAAGAAAACGGCGUUACGAAUCUCGCAGGGAGCGUAUGUGUCCACCGUCGAUUCCGGAUUUUCAAACGAACCGUUCCUGGGCCAAAUCGAUUCGGUUUCCAAUCGCGUGGCGAAGAAAGUAUUGACGGAAGUCUACGACGGCAUCGAACCGAAAGUUGUCUACGAAGGAGGAUCCAUCCCAGUCAUGCGCAUGAUUCAAAAAUACGCCUCCAUUGAACCCGGGUUGAUGGCUUUCUCGACCAAAGAUAACAUGUACCACGCGCCGAACGAGUACUACUCCAUCGAUCAGUUUAAAACGGCGACGCGUUCGUACGUGCGAGUGUUAGCGGAAGUAUCCGAGUUUGAAAAGAAAGGUCGGUCGGAGUUAGAGUUGGAAGUACGAAGGAAAGCGAGGUACGUGAAGGAAGCGUUGCGAGGCGGAUUGAACGAGGCUAAAAAAGGGUUAGAUCCCGCUUUGGACGUGGCGAAGGAAAGUCUCAAGAGAGGGUACGACACGUUCGUCGACGGUAUUCGACACGUCACCGGGAAGCAGAAAAAGGAAUUGUAA